UUUUGCAUGUUCACGGUAUAAGUUUGAGUUAUGCGUAAAAAAAUGUAAUUUUCUGAUAAAAGAAAGAUUGCAUAGAUAAUGGUAAAACUGUCUUAAGUUGUUAAUGUAUUUGAUUUCAUGCUCUCUUUACGGGGACGAUGAUACUUGGGAAGCUUGGCAUAAUUUCACAUUUUUAUAACAAGUAAUUAUUUACAAAAUAAUAAAUACCAAAAAGUUUAAUAUUGAAAAUAAAUUAUGCCUUCAAAACUUAAAGAAUUGCUGAAUCAUUUUAUUGGUUAUCAAAAUUUACAGAUUUAAGUAUUCAAAAUUAUUACACAUUUAUAAAAUUAUAUGUUUAUAUGGAAUAAAGGUUAUUUACCUAUACUUCAAAAAAUAAUUUAAAAUCAACCAGACGAUAUAUAAUAAAAUAUAUAAUAUACAUAAGAUGAUAGAAUUUUUUUAUUUUAUUAAAUGUAGAGUAUUUUAAAUUUUAAGAAAGAUUUAAACAUGGUUACGAAAAGAUUAAUAGAGACAUUUAAUAUGUUAACAUAAAUUAAUGAUAUUUCAAACAAAAAAAUAUAUCGAAACAAAUAAAUGAUAUAAUAUUAAAAAAAACUUAAUUUUUUUAAAAUUUAAGGUUUAAUGUUUAUAAACAAACAAACCGCGCUACGCGCGGUAAAAUCUCUAGUAGUUAUAAAGAAAAUUGGCGGUGAAUGUAACUCCAAAAGAUGGGGAGAAAAAAUAGAAAGAGAAUAAGGAAGAUCCUAUUACUCUCUUUUCAGUUACAUGAAAAAAAAAAUGAAAAGGAGAGCCGACAUUUUUUGCCAAAAUCACUCAACUAAUCGUUGAUAGUAAGUUAAGAUUGUGCGUGAUUUUAUCCAUCUUCCAAAUAUAGACUGAGAGAAAAGAGAGAAUUAUGCAAAAAAAAAAAAAUGUAUAUGAGAGUGUGUAAUGAGAAGAUAAUUGAGUAACCUUUAGCCACAAUACAAAAUGUGCCUCCAAAGUUUAACUCUUCUCAUCAUGUUCACUCUCUUUUACUCACAUGCGUUUGCUCUUAAGAAGUCCUAUAUAGUGUAUUUGGGAUCUCACGCCCAUCCUUCUACUCUCCUCUCUCAAGCUCAUCUAGAUCGUGUUGCUCAUUCACAUCGCACUUUUCUCGCCUCUUUCUCGGGAAGCCAUCAAAGUGCAGAAGAGGCCAUCUUUUACUCAUACAAAAGACAUAUCAAUGGCUUCGCCGCUGUUCUUGACGACAAAGAAGCUUCAGAAAUCGCCAAGCAUCCAAAUGUAGUAUCUAUAUUCUUAAACAAAGGAAGGAAACUGCACACCACUCAUUCAUGGGAUUUCAUGCUUCUUGAGAAACAUGGAGUCGUUCACAAGUCUUCUCUGUGGAAGAAAGCAAGGUUUGGAGAAGACACAAUCAUCGCUAAUCUUGACACAGGUGUGUGGCCUGAGUCAAAAAGCUUCAGCGAUGAAGGGUAUGGAGAUGUUCCAGCUAGGUGGAAAGGCAGUUGCCACGGUGAUGUUCCUUGCAACAGGAAGCUCAUUGGAGCAAAAUACUUCAACAAAGGCUACUUAGCGUACGCAAAAUUCCCCUCCAACUCUACCUUUGAAACUCCUCGUGACCUCGACGGUCACGGCACCCAUACUCUCUCCACAGCGGGAGGAAACUUUGUCCCCGGAGCCAAUGUCUUUGGACUUGGCAACGGUACAGCUAGUGGCGGUUCUCCUAAGGCGAGAGUCGCCUCUUACAAAGUGUGUUGGCCGCCUUUUAAAGGUGCCGAGUGCUUUGACGCCGAUAUCUUGGCAGCGAUUGAUGCAGCUAUCGGUGACGGUGUGGAUGUUAUAUCGGCUUCAGUGGGCGGGGAUGCAGGAGAUUAUAUGAAUGAUGGCAUGUCCAUUGGUUCCUUCAUAGCAGUCAAGAACGGUGUGACGGUUGUGUGUUCUGCUGGUAACUCGGGGCCUAAACCUGGAACGGUCUCUAACGUUGCACCGUGGAUUAUUACCGUCGGAGCUAGCUCCAUGGAUCGGGAGUUUCAAGCAUUUGUAGAGCUCAGCAACGGCUCACGCUUCGAGGGAACAAGCCUCUCUACGCCUUUGCCUGAAAACAAGAUGUACGAUCUGAUCAGUGCCGCUGACGGUAAAGCAGCCAAUGCAUCAGCGUUACAAGCAUUGUUAUGCAAGAAAGAUAGCCUCGACCCGGAGAAAGUAAAAGGCAAGAUCGUCGUGUGUCUAAGAGGAGACAACGCACGUGUGGACAAGGGACACCAAGCAGCCAUUGCCGGUGCUGUAGGAAUGAUACUAUGCAACGACAAGGCGAGCGGAAACGAGAUCAUCUCCGACGCUCAUGUCCUUCCCGCUUCUCAGAUUGAUUACAAAGAUGGUGAAGCUGUGUUUUCAUACCUAAACUCCACAAAAGACCCCAAAGGCUACAUAACUGCACCCAACACUAAACUCAAUACAAAGCCAGCUCCUUUCAUGGCUUCAUUCUCUUCCAGAGGUCCCAACACAAUCACACCAGGAAUCCUCAAGCCUGACAUCACUGCACCCGGUGUCAACGUUGUAGCCGCUUACACGGAAGCCACAGGCCCUACAGACAUAGAAUCCGACAACCGUAGAACUCCUUUCAACGUCGAAUCGGGAACGUCCAUGUCUUGUCCUCACAUCUCCGGCAUCGUCGGUCUCUUGAAGACUCUCCGCCCUCAAUGGAGCCCCGCCGCGAUCCGUUCCGCCAUCAUGACUACUUCAAGAACUAGAGAUAACACUCGAAAGCCGAUGGUUGAUGCAACGUUCCACAAAGCAACUCCUUUUGGGUAUGGCGCAGGCCAUGUUCAGCCCAAUAAAGCUUCCCACCCAGGCCUUGUCUACGAUCUCAACACUGGAGACUACUUAGACUUCCUCUGCGCCAUUGGUUACGAGAACAAGUUAGUUCAACUCUUUGCCGAUGAUCCGCUAUACACGUGUCGCCAAGGAGCUAAUCUUUUGGACUUCAACUACCCUUCCAUCACUGUCCCUAAACUCACGGACUCUGUCACAAUCACUCGUAAGCUCACGAACGUUGGACCUCCUUCCACGUACAGAUCCUAUUUCCGAGCGCCUCUUGGAGUUGAAGUCUCCGUAGAGCCGAAGCUGCUCACGUUCAGCAAUGUUGGUGAGGAGAAGAUGUUUCAGAUGACUCUCGGGGCCACGUCAGAGAAGGCUUUAGGGUACGUCUUUGGAGAGCUGACGUGGACUGAUUCAAGACACUACGUCAGGACUCCCAUUGUCGUCCAGCUUUCAAGCUAGUUUCUAGCUACUUUAUUCAUCACUCUACUUUUUAUCUUUUGGCGUUUAUUUUUAUAUCGAACAUUCUAUUAGUUUUGGAUAAUAUUUAAAUUUUGAGCUAAGUUUGGCAGCUUAAUGUUUAAAAAGCCAAUUCGACAUGCAUAAUCUAAUCUUUUCUAGGAUAAUAUUGUAGUUUCACAUAGUUUUAUGCGAUAAUAUUUUGCCAAGUACGUGGGCUCAAGACCAACCAAUU